AUGGGGAAGAAUCUCCUUCUGAUCCUGCUGGGCCUUUCCUUUGUGCUGGGCUUCCUUCAAGCUCUGACAUGUUUGCAGUGCUACAUGUUCGACUCUAAUGGGGUCUGUGAGAAAGGAGAAUCUACCUGUGAAGCUAAGGAUGGCCAGGAAUGUGGCAUAUUGGUAGUUUCUGAAGAUUAUGAUAUCGUGUUUGGGCUGCAGGAUUGUUCUUCCAAUUGCUUAAAUCAGACUUUUACCUUUUAUAAUACAACAUUGGAGUUUACAUGUUGCCAUAACCAAUCGCUCUGUAAUGAGUUUUAG